CUCAAGGAUAAUCUCUCAACUAGUAAGAAGAAGAAGACAAGCAUAAUGGAAUCCAUUAAAAUGAAAAUGGCGGAAUCUUCCAAAACCAAAAUGGCCGACUCUUCAAAAACUAAAAUGUCGGAAUCCACAAAAACUAAAAUGAUGGAGAAAUCUAAAACCGAAUGCUGGUGUGAUCAUUCUCAGAUGCGCCUGAAGGAGAAGGAGAUGCUUAAGGAUCUGAACAAGCAGCAUAUUGAGCUCAUCAUGGACAAGAACUCACAGAUCAAGAAGCUGGUUGAUCAGCUCAACCAGAGGAAAUCUGAGAUUAGUAUUAUCAAAGAGGAGAUUCAGAGAUCCGUUUCUUCGAGGAAAGAAACUAUGAAAAACAUCGAAGAACAAAUGAUUGAGAGGUUUAGUGAACAGGAGGACAAAUACAGGGAGAAGAUACGUGACCUCGAGGCUUCUAAUCUCGACCUCAAAUCUGAGGCUCGAAGGAUUCAUGCUCUUGAAGACCAGGUGAGAAGGUUAGAGGAAGACCUGGAGAAGGUAGCACGAGAGAGAAACCAGCUUCAGGAUCUAUUGUAUUCUGCACAGGAGGAGAAUUCUAAAUUGAAUCAGAAAUGUCUGGUUCAAGAAAAUCUGAAUAUGGAGAGGGAAACUACAAGAGAGGAAAUACUCACCAGGGUGGUUGAGGAGUGCGGUCACGUGACCGGAAGCUAUGAUACGCCAGACUGGGCAGAAGCUGACCUUCAAGAACUUUAUAGUGUUGUUAUUCAACAACUUAAUACACAGGAUGUUAGCACUACGCCCUUCUGCAAUGAAACGCUGCGAACUUUGCUGGAGGAGCUGAUAAAAGAAGGAGAUGUAUCAAGGAGAAGGAGAGAAGAAGAGUACAGGGAAGAAUUGAAGGAGAGCCAGGCUGAAACAGCAAGUAUGCGAGCUGCCCUGGAUAAGAUUAUUUUGGUGGAAGAAUUGAAGGAGAGCCAGGCUGAAACAGCAAGUAUGCGAGCUGCCCUGGAUGAGAUGAGAAGGAGACUUGAAGAAGCUCAGAGGUCUAAUCUGGAGAUGGAGCAGAGAAUUCAGGAUGAAAGGGCUGUUACUGAGAGGGUUGAGAGAGAGCGAAGGGAACUGCUGGAGAAUAUUCAGAGCUGUAAGCACAACGAGGUUGAUUUGAGCGAUGAUAUUGAGGUAUACAGGAAAACUCUUGAAUACCAAGGGAAGAUUAACUGGAAACAUGGAGGAAGGUCUAGGCAUAGCAGUGGGGGUAGUUCAAGCUCUAGCUCUAGUUCUAGUUCUGGUGCUAAUGGAGAUGAUAAAACUACAAAAUUGAUCAGGAUCAAUCCAGCGUCUCUGCCAUCCCGCCCUCCAAUCUCUUCUAGACCACCCUCAUCUCAAGGACGGCGGGUAAGUGUUGGGUUAACCGGCAUGGGAACCUCGGGAUCUAUUGCCAGCAACUCUGGACCAGCCGGUCAACUUUCAGGACGAAGAUCAUUUAGCACCAGGACCAUGGAGAGGAAUGAAACCAAAGUUCAAUCCUUCCAAUCUUCCACAGCCAAAUCCGGGCUUUCAAAUCUCUAAUCCUUCCCAGCCAAAUCCGGGCUUUCAAAUCUCUAAUCCUCCUCAGCCAAAUCUGGGCUUUCAAAUCUCUGAUCCUCCUCAGCCAAAUCUGGGCUUUCAAAUCUCUAAUCCUUCCCAGCCAAAUCUGGGCUUUCAAAUCUCAAAUCCUCCUCAGCCAAAUCCGGGGUAUCAAAUCUUUAAUCCUCAACAACCAAAUCCAGUGUAUUAAAUAUUAUGAUUUAAGAAAAGUUUUUGGACGAUUCACCAGCGUAUUAAUUGAACUUUGAAUCGGUGAUUCAAGAUUUAAGCAAGUAAGCACCAAAGAGAUAGUUGAGCUAGUUCAGUGGCCUUUAUACAAUUAAUUGAAUUUUGUUCCCCAAAAAAAUAAAUCUCUAAUCCUUUUAAACUAAAUCCAGAAAUGUGUCUGCGUAAACGUUUUUCAACGUUUUUACUCAGAAAAUUAUUCAAAUUUCACAAAUCUGGAAUUAAUCCUAAUAUAUUAUGCUGUAAUGCUACGCUCUCAGAUCAAUAUCCUUUAAGAUUCACAAUUAAUUAUGCUUUUCUUUGAUUAGCUAUUCGAGUAGGUCCAAAAACCGUAAAAAAUGUGAUUUUACAUUUAUCUGCUAUGUUGAUUUUUGCAUUUGUAUCUCCAUAUUUACUAAUUUGCUCUAUAUAGCGUAUACAUUUAUCGGAAAAUUAACCAAAAUAAUGAUUCUUCUAUUCCUAUUUCUAUAAUAAUUCUAUGUUUCUAUUUAUAAAAUAAUAUAAUGUGAUUUGAAAUUAAAUAAAAUUCAAUAUUUUA